AUGAAGAGGAUCAAUCUCCCUCAGGCAGUUUUGCUUUGCUCCUGUUUGGUUCUAGUUCACCAUCAGGGGUCCUGCCAACCAUUUCUCAGGUUCAGACCCUCUCCCAGCGGAGAGUUGCCCGUCUUGCCCGUCAUUGAGCAGCCUGACCCAGAGCAGGACCCAAAGGAGCAGGACCUGGAUGAGAGGACACUGAGAAAGAAACUUGGCAGCAACUUUGACCCCAAUUUCAUGGCGGUGGUUUUGCCCAACCUCGUUAAUGCGUCCACCCACGACUCACUGACAAAAACUAAACACCCUGGCACUCUGCCAGUGGACUUGAAGAAGAUGGACCUCAGUGAGGCACCUUAUGGUGGAAGGAUCAAGAUGGGGAAGAAAGCCAGGAGAAAGUUCUUACAGUGGUUGUGGGCUUAUACUUACUGCCCGGUACUAUACACUUGGAAGGACUUGGGGGUCAGGUUUUGGCCAAGGUUCAUCAAAGAAGGACAAUGCUUUUCAGAAAAGUCUUGCUCCUUGCCAGAGGGCAUGUACUGCAGACCCCACAAGACCGUCACCAAAAUUUUCCUGAGGUGGCACUGCCAGGGCUGGUCAAGGCAGAGGUUCUGUACCUGGAUCCCUUUCCAGUAUCCAAUAUUAUCAGAGUGUAAGUGCUCAUGUUAA